CGGAAGUGAGGUAUUUGCCUGGCUAAGAUGGCGGACCCGGAGGAGGAUUUGAUGCUUUUCAGUGUCAGUGACCUGCCGGUUCGGGGCUACGGUCUGAUGGAGGAGAUCCGGCGGCAGGGGAAACUCUGUGAUGUGACCCUGCGGGUUGGUGACCACAAGUACACUGCACAUCGCAUUGUGCUGGCUGCUUCUAUUCCAUACUUCCAUGCCAUGUUCACAAAUGACAUGAUCGAAUGCAAGCAGGAUGAGAUUGUUAUGCAGGGAAUGGACCCCAGUUCCCUGGAAGCGCUCAUUAACUUCGCCUACAAUGGCCGGCUGGCAAUAGACCAACAGAAUGUGCAGUCAUUGCUGAUUGGUGCCAGUUUCUUGCAGCUUCAGAAUGUAAAGGAUGUGUGCUGUACCUUUCUGAGAGAGCGGCUGCAUCCUAAAAACUGCCUGGGAGUGCGUCAGUUUGCAGAAACGAUGAUGUGCACUGUCCUUUAUGACUCAUCCAACAGUUUCAUCCACCAGCACUUUGUGGAAGUAUCCAUGUCUGAGGAGUUCCUUGCAUUACCCUUUGAGGAGGUAUUCGAGCUUGUUGCUCGGGAUGAGCUCAAUGUGAAGUCUGAGGAACAGGUAUUUGAGGCGGUCCUUGCUUGGGUACGCUUCGAUCGGGAGAAUCGUGAGGAUUACCUGCCUCGGUUACUAACCAAAGUGCGUCUGCCUCUCUGUCGACCACAAUUCCUAACAGACAGGGUCCAGCAGGAUGAUCUAGUUCGCUGCUGUCACAAGUGCAGGGACCUUGUUGAUGAGGCAAAGGACUACCACCUAAUGCCUGAGCGCCGCCCUCACCUGCCAUCUUUCAAGACACGGCCAAGGUGCUGCACCUCCAUUGCUGGCUUGAUCUAUGCAGUGGGAGGCCUCAAUUCUGCUGGUGAUUCUUUGAACGUGGCAGAGGUAUUUGACCCCAUUGCUAAUCGAUGGGAGCGGUGUCAGGAGAUGACGACCUCCCGCAGCCGUGUGGGUGUGGCCAUGGUCAACGGGCUCUUGUAUGCAAUAGGCGGGUUCGAUGGACAUUCAAGGUUGAGCACGGUAGAAGUUUACAACCCGGAGAUGGACAAAUGGACUAAAGUGGCCAGCAUGAACAGUAAGCGCAGUGCAAUGGGGACAGCUGUCAUGGAUGGACACAUCUAUGUUUGCGGUGGGUACGAUGGAAUCUCCUCUCUCAAUUCAGUGGAAUGUUAUACUCCAGAAGCUGACAAAUGGGUAUCUGUGACUCCAAUGAGUGCCUGUCGCAGUGCUGCAGGAGUCACGGUGUUUGAAGGGAGAAUCUAUGUUUCUGGAGGGCAUGAUGGACUGCAGAUAUUUAAUACGGUUGAAUGUUAUAAUCAUCACACCACUACCUGGUAUCCUGUGCCGAGUAUGCUCAAUAAACGCUGUCGCCAUGGAGCUGCAUCCCUAGGCAGCCAGAUGUACGUCUGUGGCGGUUAUGAUGGCUCAGGCUUUCUGAGUAUUGUGGAAGUUUACAAUUCUUCUUCAGACCAGUGGUAUCCACUUGUCCCCAUGAACACUCGUCGCAGCCGGGUGUCCCUCGUGUCAAGCUGCGGUCGUUUGUAUGCCAUAGGUGGCUAUGACGGACAGUACAACUUGAAUUCGAUGGAGAUGUACGAUGCUGAUACAAACCGCUGGACGUUCAUGGCCCCCAUGGUGUGUCACGAAGGUGGGGUUGGCGUAGGGUGCAUCCCGCUCCUCAGUGUGUAAGACAGUCAUUGUUCUCCCAGUCGCGGGAGUCUAGUGCUUGGUAGCGGUAUUGAAACAAUGGUACAUUUGUGGGAGCAACCGUGGUCUGUUGGUUGGUGUCCAGUGGCCAAAGACGAUGCAGUAACUAUUACAUCGUUCCAACAGAAAUUGGUAACUUACCAGUACUAGGUAGCUAUCUACAGAGUCCGUGGAUGUUUUUAAAAGCAGCCAUUUAAUUAAAAUGAUGAAUACUUUAUAAAUUACACUUUUAAAAAAAAGGUCCAAAUGUUAAUGUAUGGAUAAUUUUUUUUCAGUGAUUACUUAAAUGCAGAGCAGUGUAUUAAUAAAAGAGACUGUCAGACUGGGUGUUACCGUGAGUUAGGCACUGUCCUUUUACCACUGGAAUCUAGGUUAUAGUGUGGAGAAAUAGAAAACUGAGAUACUAAGGGUGCUGUUGUAAAGCAUUUUGCAACUGACCUAUGCUGCACUUUGCUUUCAAGUGCUUACUGCUGGUACUAGAUGCCUGCAAUGAGAGUGUUCCUAGAACAAAUGUCCCCUUCACCUGGCAGAGAAGGUGGAGCACUCCCUGGAGAUCCUAACUGCUGACCUGGUUACCAUUUCUGCAAGGCUAAUUAGUCACUGUUUGUACGUUUAUCCUGUUACUGGUCCAAGUAGUGUGUUGAAUAGAACUUUUUUGUCUUUGUUAAACCCUAAUUCUGGGAUAAAUGGGCCAGUGUAUGAAUAUGGAAAGUUCUAAUUGUUUUACAUUUCUAGGAUGGUAUAUUCUUGAUAUACUGUGAUGGUGCAGUCGGCUACUGUUCCCAGCCCAGUUAAAACCUGCACUCAUUCUGAUAGUAAUUGUUAGUUUUAAUGGCGUUGCCCCUUGUUCUCCUUUCUUCCCUUAUCCUAGUCCUUGUGCUGUUUAUCCUUUGUAACUUAUAAACAUAAUCAGAUUAUUAAAAUUUUUAAUGUUUACAGCAAUCAAAAUAUGGGAGAACUACCUGAUAGUUAAUGUGGGUCUUUACUUAUCAGUACUUUGUCUUUCGAGAAUAAUGGAUCUCUGGGAGCAAAUUACAAGUUGAAACUAGCUAGUGGUUAUGCUACUACUGGUGGAAAUGUAAAAUUUUCCUGCUAGAUUCUGCUACACUGUGGGGAAAACACCAGGGUGUACAAUUAUAAAUUCUGUUUUUGUAAGUAACUGAAGAGAGCAUUGAGCUGAAGAGUGAGAUAUGGGUUGGUAUUGGUUUGUCAUUGACGGGGGAGUGAAGCAGAAAAGCAUAUUGCACAGCAUUAAAUUUUUGAUCUAAAGUGACAUUUUAUUCUCAAUAUUGUAUUGGUACCGACUAUAUGCUAAUAAACUAUAUGUCAAUACCAGGUAGAUAUUUAAUCAAGGGAAUUUGUAUGGUUUACAUAUAGAAUAAUGGAUACCCAGGAGUGAGUUGGAGGAUGAAAUCUUAUUGUGGUUUUUUUUUUAUAUAAGUAGUAGAAUAAUGGAUACCUGGGAGUGAAUUGCAAGCUAGAAUCUAAAAGUGAGAUUUGAAUGGUUUUAUAUGUAUGGAAUAACAGAUAACUUGGAGUGAGUUAAAGAUUGGAAUCUAAUCAAAUGGAUUAGUUAUAACAUAACAGAUACCUGGCAGUGAGUUGCAGACUGGAAUCUAAUCAGGCGAUUCAGUUGGUUUAUAUAUAGAAUAUAAUGGAUACCCAGAGCAAUGAACCAGAAGGCGUACAUAUCAACAUCACCGACUGAGAGGUGGAGAUGAAUUUGUUGUAUUGAAAUUGCUCUGUGUUUUUCUCCUCUGUUUUGGACGCUGGUUCUAGUGCAGCACAGUUCUACAUUUGGGAUCUGUAUUCUGCUACUACCAGCAAGUAGCCAUCAAUCAUGUUAAAUCAUUAAAUCUCAGCUAAUAAUUGACAUGGAGGCACAUCCUGUCAUUUCCCUGCUUCCCUGCAUAUGCACUUUACAGCAGGAAUCAUUGGUUAGCCAUGUCCCUAUUCUAGUGGUACUGAGGCUAACAGGCUCAUAUUGCUGGCAUAGCUGACAAAACUGGAGACGCCCGGUCUGAAUGGCUCCUUGGGGAGGGCUAGGAAUAUGAUUAAUCCACACUACAUAGUUCAUGGUUUACAGGUUGCUGAUUCCUGCCUUGAGGUUGGCCAAGUCCUGUUAAAAUACACCGCAGCCAAACACAGCAUCCUUGAGCAAAAUCACGUUUUUUCACUUUCAAGACAAUGCAUAUCAAAGAAUCCAAAACUCUUGCAGCAGAGGACACUAUCCAUCGUGGAUCUGCAGACUCAUGAAGGAGCAAUCUAAUUGUCCCACUCCUCUGCUUUUUCCCUAGAGGCCUGGAUAUGUUUCCUUUUUGAUUAUACAUCUAAUUCCCAUUAGAACAAUUAAAAAUGAACAUUUUUUUUGUUGAAAAAUGGCAUUGAUGUCACAGGCUCUGCUCAUUUACUUUUCCAGUUACUAAAAUCCUGAAUCAGUUCCGUUGUCCCAAAAAUAAGACAUGGGAAGACUUCUGCCAACCCCUUGCUGUGUAGAAUAACUGGUUAUGGUCAAAAUAAAACCUUUGUUCUCAGCUCAAUUAGCCCUGGUAGCACCUAUUACUGAGCCAAAAAAUCAAAUAUCAAUUCCACUGAUUGGUGCUUACAUUCUGUGUAAAUUGUUUUUUUAAUGUAAAGCCAGGCUGCUGUCUCCAAUUCUCCAAUUGUAGUUGAGAAUCCCAGGCACAGUUGCUAUCCCAUGUUUAAUCAGUGGAACAUUUGGUUAUCACAUACCUGGGAAUCUGUGUAUGUAUUGUUCAACUUUAAGCCUGUGGACCAGUUUCUCAAGUACUUGUGUCUCUUAAAUAUAAUCAUGAUUAAAGAAGAGGUACUGGCCCAGUGCAAUUUCCACUCGGUCCCUUACCCAGUUCUAGGUUGGUGAGAAUCACUGGCACCUAACUCCUUUUUAAUUAGUGUUCCACUCUUCAAAUGUUUUGAAUAAUGAAUUUGGGUUCUGCAGUUCAGACUGUUCACCUUUGCACAUUAUACUGCAUUAAAGAUGCUUUAUAAAUGCAAGUUGCCAUAUAGGCAAUGGUUAUUGACCUGCCAGAUGAUUUGUGCUGGCCAGAUCCUUUGUUAUUGGAUUUAAGCUCUUGGCCUGACUCUCUCUACAGAAGUGACUUUAUUCCAAUAAGAGGAGUGGAGGAUAAUUGGAUCCCUGGACUUCCAACCUUCUCACCAUAUCAAAUGUGAAAUCUAGAGUCCUAACUUGGGAAGGAUAAAACAAAGAAAAGAGAGUAGCUCAUUUGACCCCUUGAGUUGAUCACCAUCAGGAAGUGGCUAAUAAAAAUUUCAAUCUGGGAUGUGGGAGAAUCUUGAAAAUCGAUUUCCAUUAGUCCAUCUGUUACAGUAACUGAUAGGUCAAACUCCUGUUCGCAUAUCAAAGGUACAUAUUGUAUGCUCAAUCUGUCUCCAAAGUGUAAACAGUACCUUAUUUACCAGGUUAUUUUGGAACACUUGAAUGUUUUAAUGUAAAAUUGUAAUAAAUUAUGCACAUUCCUACGGAACCUAA